AUGAGGCUCACGGGCUCAGAUCUGUGUCGUCUUCCUCGUUUGUUGCUGAUAAUCGUCUUGGGUGAUAAUAGGUCGGGAUCUGUAGAGGAAUCGAGCUAUGUGAGCAAGUGGUGUGACGAAGGAAGCUCGAAUUUGAGCUUGAUUUUGGGAUCUACCGGAUCGAGAUCGUGCGCCUCGGCUGUGUCCAGCGAUGGUUCGUUUGGGAAGAGUAACGAUAGCGGAUUCAAAAUCAACUAUUCUGGAGAUCCGUUUCAUCUGGUGAAUUUCAAGGUGCGACCUCUGAUUCACGUCUCUGUUUCGGAAUAUUCGUUUGGGCGUCCUCUAGAUCUGCAUUUUCUGGGAAUAAUUUGA